GACGUCCGACUCAUCCACUCGUUUGUGGCCGAAGACACACCACUGGCCACUCGAGCCCACACAACACCAAACACAGCCACUUAGAUCUGCGAUCGUUGGACCACUUCUUGGGCAACAACUCGGACGACAACAAACUUGUGUUCGCACGACAAUGACUUCGAGGAAUGGAUUUAAGCGCAAAGUGUGCUAUUAUUAUGACUCGGAAAUCGGAGGUUUCUAUUACGGCAAAAAGCAUCCCAUGAAACCGCAUCGGAUCCGUAUGACUCACGAUCUCGUCCUCAACUACGGUCUCUAUCGCAAAAUGGAGGUCUAUAGACCACACAAAGCGACCGAAGAAGAGAUGAAUCGUUUCCAUUCACCCGAUUAUGUGCACACUCUUCGCCGCUUAGAACCCGACAAUAUUCAAAACUUUGGACACGAAAUCCAUUCCUACUUGUCGGGAGAGGACUGUCCCAUAUUUAACGGCAUGUAUGAGUUCUGUCAGAUAUCGGCCGGCGGUUCCAUAUCUGGAGCCAUAAAGUUGAAUAAGAAGGCCACCGAUAUUGCUAUCAAUUGGGCGGGAGGUCUACAUCACGCCAAGAAGUCCGAAGCGUCCGGUUUUUGUUAUAUCAAUGAUAUUGUUUUGGCUAUUCUUGAGUUACUUAAAUACCAACAGAGAGUUCUGUACAUCGAUAUUGAUGUACAUCACGGCGACGGUGUCGAAGAGGCCUUUUAUGUGACGGAUCGAGUGAUGACCGUCUCAUUCCAUAAGUUCGGCAAAAACUUCUUCCCCGAAACGGGAGACCUGAAGGACAUCGGAGCCGAAAGAGGCAAAUACUAUGCCAUUAAUGUUCCGCUC